CAGUGUGAGGUAAGUCUAUCGCGCACAGGUCAUGAGGUCGCAGGGCGGGGCUUCGGCUUGUGCAGUAGGCUACGUGUGCUUCACAGCAGUUAGCUUGCGGUCAGUGAGUUAACACCACAACUGAAGACAGAGACAUGGUGCUGCUGGAAAAUGAUUCGUUUCUCACAGAGCUGACACGGCUCUUCCAGAAAUGCAGAACAUCAGGCAGUGUUGUCAUCACAUUAAAGAAGUAUGAUGGGAGAACCAAACCGGUGCCCAGAAAGGGCCACGCGGAGUCUUUUGAACCUGCAGACAACAAAUGUCUCCUCAGAGCGACUGACGGCAAGAAGAAAAUUAGCACAGUGGUCAGCACCAAAGAAGUUAUCAAAUUUCAGAUGGCGUACUCUAACCUCCUCAGAGCUCAUAUGGAUGGACUUAAGAAGAAAGACAAGAAAAGCAAAAGCAAGAAAACCAAAGCCACUCAAUGAGCAAGAGACUCUGACCUUGGGUACCUAAACUGGUUCGCACUAUCUGAGGGGAGUGGGAGAGGGCUCCAUGUGAUCUGCAGCCCCCAAUCUGCUUUCCUCCCAUUCAUUCGAGGCCUCAGAUUCACAGACUGCUUUGAUAUUAUGCCAUUGUUUGCAUGAUAACAUCUCAUCCCUGACUGUCCAGUGCCAUUUGGAACAGAAAACUGAGGAUUUCUCAUUCAUCAUCUCCACUAUUUCUGCUUCGGGACCAGAUUUUCAAAAGUUCUGCUGCCUCUGGAGCCCGAUGAUUAACAGCCCUUCACUCUAUUUAAUUAUUAGAGAGCAUAUUUAUGUUAUGUUACCAGCUUAAAAAUAAAAGUUGUGCUAGCUCAUUCUAAUUCAGCUGGCUGUAGAUGUUUCAUUUUUUAUUUUUUCAUGAAAUUGGAUUUAAAUGUCAAUCUGAGUUUUCACGUAGAACCAAAUGUUUUUUUUUUCUGGUGGGGUCAAAUGUCAUGUACUGUAUAUUUUUUUUUUAUUAUGUCUUUAGAGGCACAAUUAAUAUUAUAGUCAUUGUUUUUACAUACCGAUACCAAGCUGUUAAACUGGCUGUCUUAAAUACUUUAACACCAAUAUGUAUAUUACAGCUUCAGCUAAUGUCUGAAUGAUGUCAUGAUUUGGUUAAAUAGUGCAAAAAAUGUUGAAAGCUGCAGAUUUACUGAAAGCAUGUUUGAGUUAUAAAUA